AUGGCAAGGCUGUCAGCAUGCAUUUUUGAAUGGGACGCUGAGGACCUUGCUCUCCUGCGAAGGGCCAAGAGGGAGCAGCUGACCAAAGAAGGCCUGCCCACGGCUUCUCUGACAGAUGUGAUAGUGGACAACUGCAUCACCAAGGCAGAGCUGGCACUUCACUGUAGGAGACGGACGCGCGGCACGGACAACACCAUCCGCCUCCUGGGGAAGCUGAUAGAGGAGCUCAGCGGGCCGAAAGGGAGAGAUGCAAUGGGAGUAGGUUUGUUUGAGCCGGUACGAAUACAGCACUUGUGGAAUAUCCAGAAGCGCCACGUGGGAUGCAUCCAGGACCUUCCAGAUGUGCCACUCUACACUCAAACGGGAACUCUCAACAAGGGUGGAGUGGCCUUGAAAACGUACAGAUGUGCCAGAGGUUCGACAUCCUUGGAGUCCUUCCACUGCCACCUUGCCAGGUUUAUUCCAGGGAACAGCGCCAACAGCCUCAAUUUCCAGAUUUAUCUUCUGGAAGGCCUGUUCCGUUGGAAUAAAGACCGCGCUGCAGCUGCACUUGCUGUUGGGGACGACUCACGCUUGCGGACCUACUCUGGGGAGCUGGUGUAUGCUGUCAACACCAACUACACAGCAUUAUUUGGCGUACCAUUGAUCCCUGGCUUCUCUCCACCUGCAGCAUACACAGGUGAGCUGAUUGGAGUCCAGUACUUGUUGAGGCAGAGUCGACAGCCCCUGGAGGACAUGACACCUGGGUCACCAAGGACCUCAGAAUUGCUGGAGGACAUCUCUGUAGAACAAGAAGUGGAAGAAGACGAAGGCUUCAUUGAUACUUUAGGAGAGGAGGCCAUUGUGGAUGUUCUAGUGGCACCAGAUGCUGAGCUUCCUGUCAUCCAUCGACCCACUCCCCAGGAUCCACGUGCCCAGCUGCCUACCGUCCAGCUGCCAACCCCUCCUCAGCUGCCUGCCGUCCAGGUGCCUCCUCAGCUGCCUACCGUCCAGGUGCCUCCUCAGCUGCCUACCGUCCAGCUGCCUCCUCAGCUGCCUACCGUCCAGCUGCCUCCUCAGCUGCCAACCCCUCCUCAGCUGUCUACCGUCCAGGUGCCUCCUCAGCUGCCUGCUGUCCAGCCCUCCACCACUCAGGGUCCAUCUCUGCUGCCCACCACCACUCAGGGUCCAUUUCUGCUGCCCGCUGCCCCGACUCCUCCUGCUCCUCCGGUGCGAGCAAGUGGACAUGGCAUUCCUGGACUGGCUAGAGCUGAUGAGUUGGCAGAGUACCUGGUUGAGUUGAGGAGCCAGACCAGCCUGGUACUCAGUCCACAGCAGGAGGACACAAUUGUUGGCUUGUGGCAGAACCUGGACCCAUAUGAUAAAGAGAAGUUGGUAUAUGCUGCUCGGCACCAGGACAGGCUUCUCACGGGGAAGUUUAGGUCCCCAAAAAAGAGGGCUGACUUUACCCCUGGUGUCGACAGCACAAAGAGGUGUGUCCUGGGCUCCACUGGCUCCCCAGCACAGUGGCCUGACUGCUGCCGUCUUAUUGAGCUGAUAUUCAUUAGGCUCUGCAACAUUUACCGUACCCCAAAAAAGCAAGGCACAGCCUCAUUAUCCAGAUGGGACUGCAUUUUGAGGGACUACCGGAAGAUCAGGCAGCUUAUCCUGAUGAAUUCAGCAAACCACGGCAAAAUGCGGCAAACCACCCUGCAGCUGGUAGUGGUUAAUCAGACAACACUGAUUAGCUGGCACAAUGACCGUUUGAAGAAGCAAGAGGUUAGUGUGCUCCUUCAAGGACUGGACCUCCCUGUGGCUCGGCCAGUGUCCUCAGACCCAUUGCCUCCAGCACAACUGCAGCCUGCUUCACCACCACGGCACAGCCACCCAUUACACACAUACAACAUGCCACCCAACACAGCUGGUCAGGUGAAGACCAAGUUGAGAAAAAUUCUACCAUCUGCCUCAGCUUCAUCUGCUGCCGUGCCUCCAGCCCCAGCCUCCAUCAGUCACUCAGCCCCUCGACACAUUCUGCCCAAGCCAUCUGCAGACUCUCAAUUUAUCACACCUCGCCCUGUGUCAUGUCCUGUGUCUCCUGCAUGCACCUUCUCCACCGGCAGAAAAGCGGAAGAUGCACCAUGCACCUAG